AUGUCCAAGUCUAGCUUCGCAGUCGAGGAGCACGUCCUUGAUGGACAGCACAUCCGCGAAUACCCUGGUGCCACCAUAACCCCCGACGCGCCUAUCAAGCUCGCCGUGAAGAAGUACAUUCCUCUCGAUAACCCCAAUCCCCAGCCCGGCAACGUGACCAUCAUCGGGUCUCACGGAGCUGGUUUUCCCAAGGAACUUUACGAGCCCCUGUGGGAAGCUAUGCUAGCCAGAAGCGAAAAAGACGGUUACCGCAUCCGAGCUAUCUGGAUUGUUGAUAGCGCCCACCAGGGAGCAAGCGGAGUGUUGAACGAGAGGAUCAUUGGGAACGAUCCGUCCUGGUUCGACCACUCACGCGACCUCCUGCACAUGAUUAACCACUUCCGCGACGACAUGCCCCGUCCUAUCAUCGGCGUCGGACAUAGUACUGGCGCCACGCAGCUGAUUUUCCUCUCCUUGAUCCACGCUCGUCUGUUCGCCUCUCUCGUCAUGAUCGAGCCCUAUUUUAUCGGCAAAGAGAGACACACCCAAGGUCUGGGAACCCUCGCGUCAGCCAUCCAGCGCAAAGACACCUGGCCCUCCCGUUCCGCCGCAGACAAACACUUCCGUAAGGCAUUCCGCGUCUGGGACCCCGCCGUCCUCGACCGCUGGACUCAGUACGGUCUACGCGAUCUUCCAACCGCCCUACACCCUGAGAUCAACUCUGAAAGACACAAUCCACCCGUGACCCUCACCACAACCAAGCACCAGGAAGCCUUUUUCUACACACGUAGCAACUUCAACCAGCACAGGGAGCUAGGUGCAGUCUAUGCAGGCGAAGCCAGCAACGAUCCGCGCCCACCGCACGAUCCGCUCCUCGUCCCCGAUAUGGUGGGCCCCUUGCACCCGGGUCAGAAAUUCUACCGUCCGGAGCCUGUGCUGGCGUUUACAAUGCUACCUCAUCUCAGGCCUGAGGUGUUGGUGUUGAGUGCUGCGAGGAGCGCACUGUUCCGGUCUGGGAUCCACGACGCGGCGGUGAAGAUGAUCGGCACGCGGUUUGCUGGCAGUGGAGGGUUGGAGUAUGGUCAUGUUCGACAUGAUGUUGUGCAGAAAGCGGGACAUACUUUGCCGAUGGAGAAGGUUGCGGAGACUGCCGCUUUGGUUGGUCCGUGGGUUGGUGGGAAGCUGAGGAAGUGGAGUGGGGACGAGAAGUGGAUGGCGGCCAUUGAGGUUAAGCCGGUUAUUUCUGAGGAGUGGAUUGCUGAGUUGAAGGCGAGGGCUUCAUCUGACAAGUCGUUGGCGAGGAAGAAACUGUCUAAACUGUAG